AUGUCAAGCUCCGACCCGAAAACCGGACCUAAACCGGGUCCAUGGCCACCAGCUCCAGAAUCCUCCGCAAUGCCACCGUCUACAUGGGCUAAAAAAACCGGAUUCCGUCCCAAAUUCUCCGGCGAGGUUAACGCCUCCGAUUCCGUCAGAGCCGCCAGACAACCUGAAACCCAACCGGAUCUCGAGGCUGGUCAGGCUCGCCUCCGUCCUCCGCCUGUCCCCGCCGUAGCCAACGGUGGGACUGAUAAGGAUAAGAAUGAGAAACCACCGCCACCACCACCACCACCACUACCAUCAUCACGACCAGGUGCUGUUGCUGCUGGUCCGGUUAAGGAUCAGCCGGUUAAGAGACGGAGAGAUUCUGAUGGGGUUGUUGGGAGAUCAAACGGACCCGAUGGAGCAAACGGGUCAGGCGACCCGAUUAGAAGACCGACCCGUAUUGAAGAGGCAGUGGGGGUUUUGCCACAGAGCAUGGAUGAUGAUUUAGCGGCUAGAAAUUUGCAUAUGAAGUAUGGCCUCAGAGAUACUCCUGGACUUGUUCCAAUUGGGUUCUAUGGUUUGCAACAUAACCUAUCGAUGUUAGGCUCAUUGAUUCUGGUUCCAUUGGUCAUAGUUCCUGCAAUGGGAGGCUCGCACGAGGAGAUUGCAAAUGUUGUCUCGACUGUACUAUUUGUGUCUGGAAUCACUACAUUGUUGCAUACUUCAUUUGGGUCGAGGCUUCCUUUGAUUCAAGGCCCUUCCUUUGUAUUUCUGGCUCCGGCUUUGGCCAUCAUAAACUCCCCUGAGUUUCAAGGUUUGAAUGGGAAUAACUUCAAGCAUAUCAUGAGGGAGCUGCAAGGUGCAAUCAUAAUUGGUUCAGCUUUUCAAGCAGUGCUUGGAUACAGUGGCCUAAUGUCGUUGAUUCUGAGGUUGGUCAAUCCAGUAGUUGUUGCUCCAACGAUAGCUGCAGUUGGACUCUCGUUUUACAGCUACGGAUUCCCGCUUGUUGGUAAAUGUCUUGAGAUCGGUGUAGUGCAGAUACUACUUGUGGUCAUCUUUGCUCUUUAUCUCCGAAAAAUCUCAGUUUUAAGCCAUCGGAUUUUCCUUAUAUACGCGGUUCCAUUGAGUCUUGCUAUUACUUGGGCCGCUGCAUUCCUUUUAACCGAAACAGGAGCUUACACGUACAAAGGUUGUGACCCAAACGUCCCCAUCUCAAAUGUUGUAUCGAGCCACUGCAGAAAAUACAUGACCAGAAUGAAGUACUGUCGUGUUGAUACUUCUCAUGCACUGAGAUCCGCCCCUUGGUUUAGGUUUCCUUACCCUUUGCAAUGGGGUGUGCCAAUAUUCACCUGGAAAAUGUCUCUUGUUAUGUGCAUAGUCUCCAUAAUUGCUUCAGUAGAUUCGGUUGGUUCGUACCAUGCUUCUUCUCUGUUAGUAGCAUCGAGACCUCCAACUCCUGGUGUUGUGAGCCGAGCAAUUGGUCUUGAAGGCUUCACAAGUGUCUUAGCCGGUCUUUGGGGUACAGGUACUGGUUCAACCACCUUAACCGAAAACGUUCAUACAAUCGCUGUGACCAAAAUGGGAAGCCGCAGAGUCGUGGAGUUAGGCGCUUGUGUUUUGGUUAUAUUUUCUCUUGUUGGUAAAGUUGGAGGGUUUAUCGCAUCGAUUCCUCAAGUCAUGGUUGCUUCUCUUCUUUGCUUUAUGUGGGCAAUGUUUACGGCUUUAGGUCUUUCAAACUUACGUUACAGCGAAGCAGGAAGCUCGAGGAACAUCAUCAUCGUCGGAUUAUCACUGUUCUUUUCACUCUCUGUCCCUGCUUACUUCCAGCAAUAUGACAUUUCUCCAAACUCGAACCUCUCAGUUCCAAGUUAUUACCAACCUUACAUUGUUGCUUCUCAUGGACCCUUCAAAAGCCAAUAUAAAGGGGUGAAUUAUGUGAUGAACACGCUCUUAUCGAUGAACAUGGUGAUUGCGUUUAUUAUGGCCGUGGUUUUGGACAAUACGGUUCCUGGGAGCAAGCAAGAACGUGGAGUUUAUGUUUGGUCUGAUAGUGAGACUGUAACGAGAGAACCAGCUCUUGCUAAAGACUAUGAGUUGCCGUUUAGGGUUGGGAGGUUUUUCAGAUGGGUCAAAUGGGUUGGCAUUUGAAAGAAGACAACACUAAUGGCAACAAAAAAAAAAGUGGUAAAUAGUUCAGAUGAGAGAUUCUCUUUUUCUUUCCUUUUCUUUUAUUUUCUUCUCUGUUACUUUUUUUUAGUCUUUCCUCAAAUUUUAUAACACGGUGGAGUUUUUCUUGAGUCGCAAGUUUUUUUAUUGGAGAGUUUUUUGUUCUUUGGUUGAAACAUGGAAGUUGAUGUUGUUGUAAGUUAUAUAGAUUAUGAUCAUUCCAUUUGUAACUAAGUGUUAUAUUAUUUGUUCUUCCUUGUUCUUUUUCCACUAUUCUUUUUUUAC